GGGGUUUCCGGUUGUGUUCGGAUAGAUGACGCUCCGCUUGAGUUUUGUUAAGCUCGUAUCGAAGUCUCAGGCAUAAGGAACUUUGCAGCGGCGAUCUGCACCAAAUAUCUGAUUUAUUGAUCAAACUGAUCUGGGGGGUUUCCCUCCAUAAGACACACAGACGGAUAACUCCAGAGUGCCAUCAUGGUUCUUGCAGACCUGGGGAGGAAGAUCACCUCGGCGCUGAGGUCACUCAGCAAUGCCACGAUCAUCAAUGAAGAGGUGUUGAACGCCAUGCUGAAGGAGGUGUGUGCUGCCCUCCUGGAGGCAGAUGUUAACAUCAGACUGGUCAAACAGCUGAGAGAGAAUGUCAAGUCUGCCAUAGACCUGGAGGAGAUGGCUUCUGGUCUGAACAAGAGGAGGAUGAUCCAACACGCCGUCUUUAAAGAGCUGGUCAAGCUGGUUGACCCAGGUGUGAAGGCCUGGACUCCUACCAAAGGCAAGAACAACGUCAUCAUGUUCGUCGGUCUUCAGGGCAGUGGGAAAACCACAACCUGCUCCAAGCUUGCUUAUUAUUACCAAAGGAAAGGCUGGAAGACGUGUCUGAUCUGCGCCGACACCUUCAGAGCAGGAGCCUUUGAUCAGCUGAAACAAAAUGCCACUAAAGCCAGAAUUCCUUUUUAUGGCAGUUACACGGAGAUGGAUCCGGUGGUGAUCGCAGCCGAGGGUGUGGAGAAGUUCAAAGGCGAAAACUUUGAGAUCAUCAUUGUGGACACGAGCGGACGACACAAACAGGAAGACUCGCUUUUCGAGGAGAUGCUGCAAGUCUCCAACGCUGUGCAACCAGACAACAUCAUAUACGUGAUGGACGCAUCGAUCGGUCAGGCCUGCGAGGCUCAGGCUAAAGCCUUCAAAGACAAAGUGGACGUGGCGUCGGUGAUCAUCACAAAACUGGACGGACACGCCAAAGGAGGCGGAGCUCUGAGCGCUGUGGCAGCCACCAGGAGUCCCAUAAUCUUCAUCGGAACUGGAGAACACAUCGACGACUUCGAGCCUUUCAAGACCCAACCGUUCAUCAGCAAACUGCUCGGAAUGGGCGACAUCGAGGGGUUGAUAGACCGAGUGAACGAGCUGAAGCUGGACGACAACGAGGAGCUGAUCGACAAACUGAAACACGGUCAGUUCACCCUCCGAGACAUGUACGAGCAGUUCCAGAACAUCAUGAAGAUGGGACCCUUCGGACAGAUAAUGGGUAUGAUUCCAGGUUUUGGCACAGACUUCAUGAGUAAAGGAAACGAACAGGAAUCGAUGGCCAGACUGAAAAAACUGAUGACCAUCAUGGACAGCAUGAACGACCAGGAACUGGACAGUAAAGAUGGAGCAAAGCUGUUCAGCAAGCAGCCCAACAGGAUCCAGAGAGUGGCCCGUGGGUCGGGGGUGGCCACCAGAGACGUCCAGGAGCUGCUCACUCAGUACACCAAGUUUGCUCAGAUGGUCAAGAAGAUGGGAGGCAUCAAAGGCUUGUUUAAAGGAGGAGACAUGUCCAAGAAUGUGAACCCGUCUCAGAUGGCUAAACUGAACCAGCAGAUGGCCAAAAUGAUGGACCCGCGAGUCCUGCAUCACAUGGGGGGCAUGGCAGGUCUUCAGUCAAUGAUGCGUCAGUUUCAGCAGGGAGCCGCCGGCAACAUGAAAGGCAUGAUGGGAUUUAACAACAUGUGACCAGCCGCCAAUCAUCUGCCUUAAAACAAUAAAAUGCUUUGCCUCCAAGCAGGUGGAAGAGGUGGGGCAACCUGUCUUUUGCUGCUUUGCACAAACAAAGAUUUCUCUUUUAUUAGAAAAACACCAGAGUAAACUGUUCGAUUUAAAGGAGUGGCCCAAACGUUUGUCAGAAAAGCUCUCGGGGUGAUUGUUUAAAGGACGAGCGGCGACGAGGACGAGCCGCUCGUUUACUGGCGUCUUUACUUUUGUUGUGUAAAUUGUUUAAUUUUAAACUCCUUUAAAUGAGCUGAUGACAUAUGGUUAAAAUGACAACAUGGAUUAGUGACAGUAUU